CUUGAGUUAGUCGUCUGCUAGCCGUCGACCAGCGCUGAGUGUGACUUCUCGCUCCCUGCUGCUACACUCGCGACAUGUUGAGAUGAGGCAAUGGCAGAUGACAGUGUCUUGGCUGUGCUGAGAUGCUGGACAACAGUCUCCAAGCAGCACCACCAGUCUCUAGCGAUCAUGUACCCACUACCUUGUAUGAGAAGUGCCUUCACAGUCUCCAUCAUGACCACAAAUGGCAACAGGAUACGAGCCUCGGUCGCCGCGUCGGACUUUACAGACUUCAGACUGAGAUCGGACGGGGAAACUUCUCCUACGUCAAGAUGGCGAUACACGAACUCACCAAAGAACGAGUGGCUAUCAAGGUGCUGGACAAAGCCAAGCUGACAUCAAAGGCUCGCAAGAUGCUCACAAGGGAGAUUGCCAGUAUGGAGUCUGUCCACCAUCCCAACAUCAUUAGGUUAUAUGAGGUUGUUGAGACAUACAGUAAGCUCCAUCUUGUCAUGGAGUUCGCCAACGGAGGCGAGUUGUUCAACAAGUUGACAACCGAGGGGAAAAUGGAGGAAACUGAGGCCAAAGCUAUCUUCAUACAGUUACUGUCUGCUGUAAAACAUCUGCAUGAACGCAACAUAAUCCAUAGAGACAUUAAGGCAGAGAACGUGUUCCUCGGACCAAGAGGGAUUGUCAAACUUGGUGACUUUGGAUUCAGCACUCAACUUACUUCUGGUACAAAAGAGUUGCUACACACAUUCUGCGGGUCGCCUCCAUACGCUGCCCCAGAGCUGUUCCGUGACGCCUCCUACGUAGGAGGUCCUGUAGAUGCUUGGGCACUGGGUGUCCUGCUGUUCUUCAUGACCACAGGACACAUGCCUUUCCCAGCUGACUCCAUAGCAGGCCUCAAGAGAAGCAUACUGCUAGGCGUCAUUACCGUUCCUCCCCAUUUGUCUCUGCCAUGCAGAACACUCGUGCGAGCUAUUUUGAGACAGACCCCGAAGGAUCGACUGACUGUAGACCAGAUCCUAGAGGCAGAAUGGCUCAAGGAUGCUGUGGUGAAAACUCAACCUGCGUGUGAACCUUGGAGUAUGCUACCUACCGUGUCACUGGAGACUACACUCAGUGACAUAGAGAGUGUGGCUCGUGAGAGACUGGCAGUGAUGGGUGUCACCUCAGACAUGUUGGCCACUGAGAGACACCUAGGAGGCCGCAGCCCAGUCAUAGCUACUUACAUCUUGUAUGUGCAGGUGACACUGGAGACUACACUCAGUGACAUAGAGAGUGUGGCUCGUGAGAGACUGGCAGUGAUGGGUGUCACAUCAGACAUGUUGGCCACUGAGAGACACCUAGGAGGUCCCCCAGUCAUAGCUACUUACAUCUUGUAUGUGCAGGUGACACUGGAGACUACACUCAGUGACAUAGAGAGUGUGGCUCAUGAGAGACUGGCAGUGAUGGGUGUCACCUCAGACAUGUUGACCACCGAGAGACACCUAGGAGGUCAACCAGUCAUAGCUUACAUCUUGUAUGUACAGGUGUCACUGGAGACUACACUCAGUGACAUAGAGAGAGUAGCUCAUGAAAGACUGGCAGUGAUGGGUGUCACAUCAGACAUGUUGACCACUGAGAGACACCUAGGAGGUCCCCCAGUCAUAGCUUACAUCUUGUAUGUACAGGUGUCACUGGAGACUACACUCAGUGACAUAGAGAGAGUAGCUCAUGAAAGACUGGCAGUGAUGGGUGUCACAUCAGACAUGUUGACCACUGAGAGACACCUAGGAGGUCCCCCAGUCAUAGCUUACAUCUUGUAUGUGCAGGUGACACUGGAGACUACACUCAGUGACAUAGAGAGUGUGGCUCGUGAGAGACUGGCAGUGAUGGGUGUCACAUCAGACAUGUUGACCACUGAGAGAUACCUAGGAGGUCCCCCAGUCAUAGCUUACAUCUUGUAUGUACAGGUGUCACUGGAGACUACACUCAGUGACAUAGAGAGUGUGGCUCAUGAGAGACUGGCAGUGAUGGGUGUCACAUCAGACAUGUUGACCACUGAGAGACACCUAGGAGGUCCCCCAGUCAUAGCUUACAUCUUGUAUGUGCAGAUGUCACUGGAGACUACACUCAGUGACAUAGAGAGUGUGGCUCGUGAGAGACUGGCAGUGAUGGGUGUCACAUCAGACAUGUUGACCACUGAGAGAUACCUAGGAGGUCCCCCAGUCAUAGCUUACAUCUUGUAUGUACAGGUGUCACUGGAGACUACACUCAGUGACAUAGAGAGUGUGGCUCAUGAGAGACUGGCAGUGAUGGGUGUCACAUCAGACAUGUUGACCACUAAGAGACACCUAGGAGGUCCCCCAGUCAUAGCUUACAUCUUGUAUGUGCAGGUGUCACUGGAGACUACACUCAGUGACAUAGAGAGUGUGGCUCGUGAGAGACUGGCAGUGAUGGGUGUCACCUCAGACAUGUUGGCCACUGAGAGACACCUAGGAGGCCGCAGCCCAGUCAUCGCUACUUACAGGAUCGUAGUACAUAGACUACAGAACAAUGCUCAGCUACCACCUAUUACCUCCCCACCUAAAGUUCCAAAGUCUAGGACUUGUACUGUUUUAUAAGUAUUCAUAGAUGUUAAGUAUAAUUUGGUACAAGUGACCGAACCAUAUCCAACCUCAGGAUAGCUGAUUAUUUUAUAAGUAGACUGAUGUGUUUCCGUUGGUUUUCAAACAGGUAAUGUUUGGUUGUUUUGAAUCUUAAGAAAUUUCUUUAACAGGUUAAAGAAGUAAAAGAACUAAAUCUGUUUUUCGGUGUUUAGGGUAAGUAACCUUUUGAAAUUUUUUACAAGUGUUGUCUGUAAAGGCUUCAUCUAGCUUGUCCAAACAAGUUGGCUCAAAUAUGGAACCAGUGCUGUGUUAGUUAUUUCAUUCACAAAUAUUCUAGUUGUUUUUCACCCCUGUGUGACAAUUAGUUCUGUCAUAGCUACCAGUGGCGGUUUUACGACCUUGUCAACGGGGACGUUAUUGGGGACCCCAAGAAAGGAGGGUGGUCCUUAAGGGGGGUUCUUUCCUCAUUUUUUUUUUAUUUAAAGCCAUUUGGUGAUUUUUAAAAUCAAUUUUUAAUAUCUUGAACUUUGUCUAAAAACCUCACGGUUCACCUGUUACCUGUGUUAACUAUAAGCUUCAGCCACUGUAGCCCUCCUUAGAACAGCUACUGAUAGCAGCCAAAAACUCUGCAAUGGGAAAUCGGCGCUCUCGCCAAGUAUGAAUUACAUUCUAUCAUUAGAUUUCUUUGGUCAAUCUUAUGAAGCAUUAAUAAAGUCACCAGUGAUAGAAGUGAAUGAGGCAGUCUUAUGUAGAAAUUGUGGGACAUUAUCGUCUUAAAGAUGUUUUGCACAGUGUAGGAGGGCUGUGGUUGUUCUUCAGAUGUGAUUGAGGCAGUGACCAAAGUCAAGGGAAGUUUCCGGAUCGCAGUGAGACAGGACAAGGGAUUACCAAAUUGAUAUAGAAUGUCUCUAUAAGAAUAUCAAGGUUAACGGUAAACCCUGGUAGUAUAUAACAUGUUGAUCAGCAAGCAAAGUUUUUUUUUAAAUUUGAGUAACUCUCUCGGUAGAAACUGAUUGACUGUAAACGACCCACUAUUGCAAAUUUUUACGUUCAAACAUUUUUCUGCAUACAUGUCCUUCUUGGCAACAAAUUUUAAUAAUAAUGUUUAAUCCCUUUUCCUCAGAAACCUAAUAACACAACAUGAUUCAUACUUUGCCGGAGCGUCGAGUGUCCUUUGCAUUGUUGUUGACUACUAUGACUAAUAGUUAUAUAGAUUUAGAGACCGGCCAGAAUAGUAGUGGAAUGAACCCACUGUUUAGUGUCAGAUUUGAUCAAGGUUUCUCGGUUGCGACGGGAGGUCUAUUGAAGCCUUCAUUUACGAACUCUCGUAAAUUGUAUAUACUUAAUAAACAAAUAACAUUAAAGGCUGUAAAAGUCUGUUUGCUUAAAGUAAUAAUACUCAUUAGUAACAGUAAAACCAGUACCUAUCUUUAAACCCAUGCUGAUGUAAAAUUAAUUCCGAUAGUCAAAUAAGGAAAAAAAUAUAUUUCACUCUAGGUCAAGGGAUAUGAUCAAGGGUAAAAGUAUUACUUGUCAAAAUUGAAGUUAGUACAAAUGAUUAGGCCUACAUAUUGGUUAAUGGAUAAUACACACAGCAAUAUUAGAUACCUUUUUUUUUACCUAACCCUAACGUUAACUUAAACCUGUUUAGUAUAGUACAACGGUUACAAUGACAUUUUAGACCAUGACUGUUUGUGUAUGAGCUAUAUCCUACAACUAUUUUUGUAAGGGUUACUGAUAGUAAGGGUGCAUUCACAAAGAAAGCUGGUUACAAGUAACUUAGGGUGCGUUCACAAAGAAAGCUUGUUACAAGCACUUGUUGGCAAGCGCUUGCAAGCUCGAACCGGCGUGAAAAAAGUCAACAUAGUAUCAAGCGUGUGCGUUCACAGACAAAGCUUGUGCCGGCUAGCAAGCGCUUGUUACAAGCUCUGACAAGCACGCAAGAACGUUUCGUACUUGUUUUCCGGCGCUUGUUGGCCGAACCAGUCAAAAUCAGUUACCAACUACAGUACUAACAGUUCAGUAUGGAUGUCGAUGAGUUGAUAGCUCAAGUAUUUAGAGCUUCCAAUAAAAAAAAAUAUAUAUAUCACACGUAUUGUGGUUUUUCCCUAGAAUGUUCAAUAACGCAACCAAUAGGACAAAUGUAACAUUAAUGUAUUAAGAUGAUAGACGAACACAUUUAAUUCAAUAUUAAUUAAGUGUUGGAUUUUUUAUAGAUGAAACUUGUAUGCUUUUAUUUUAUUCACCUAGAAAAUUAAAACAUUUGAAUGUAUCUCACAAUAUUAUUUGCAUCAUAAUUAAUCAGCUACAUAGGGCGUUUAAAACUCCCCUCGAGUAUUUUUUAGGUUUUGUUAUUGGUCCAAAAUUCGUUCUGGUGCAUGGAUAGGUUGCUUAUUCCUAUUCCCCCAAAACUGCAAUAAAACACUUUCAAUUUUCUUGAGGAUGUAAUUAAACGUGGUUAACUCCAUUCUCGUAUAAGAAAAAACCUCUUUUUGUCCAAUUUCAAUUGAGGAAAUAGAUGGUGGUAUUCCCCUAACCUACCUCUUCCGCGGUUAAUUGCAUGAACAUCUACUUUCCUUCUACGAAUUUUUAAUUCUAAAUUUUCAAUCAAAAUUAACUCUCCAUCACUUGAGGAAGGUAUUGUCUCAACCAGAGCUGAGACUACACUGAG